AUGCCUAGGAAAAUUCUGAAAUUGCAAGUGUUUUUUCCUCUUCUCCAUAGCUAAUUUCAUGAGUUGACUGAUUGUUUAGAUGGAGGAGCAGGACAUAAAGUUAAGAAGAUUAUCAUCAGCCUUGCAACUCUUUCUACUGUUGGGACAAUAGCAGUCAUAGUAUUAUGUUUGCAGAGACGGAGAGAUAGAAAAAAGGGAAACACUAUGGAGACCACAGAGCACAUUGACUUUGGCACCAUUUUACAUGUGACAAACAACUUCAGCCCAACGAACAAACUUGGGCAAGGAGGAUUUGGUUCUGUUUACAAGGGAAAAUGUCCGGAUGGGAGGGAAAUAGCAGUUAAAAAACUCUCUAGUAGCUCAGGGCAAGGCACAGAAGAAUUCAAGAAUGAGUUGAUAUUGAUCUCAAAACUCCAACACAGAAAUCUUGUUAGGCUCUUGGGCUACUGCAUUGAGAAAGAAGAGAAAUUACUAGUUUAUGAGUUCAUGCAAAAUAAAAGCCUGGACAAUUUCAUCUUUGAUCCAAGAGGAAGAGAACAGCUGAACUGGGGUACUCGGGUGAACAUCAUACUAGGAGUUGCUAGAGGUCUUUUAUAUCUCCAUCGUGACUCAUCUUCAAGAGUGAUACACAGAGAUUUAAAGGCCAGCAACAUUCUUUUAGAUGAGAAGAUGAACCCAAAGAUAUCAGACUUUGGAUUGGCUCGCAUUUUCGAAGGAACACUGGAUCUCGCAAAUACUCAAGGGGUUGUUGGAACUUUAGGCUACAUGUCUCCUGAAUAUGCCAUGGGUGGAGUCUUUUCAGAAAAAUCAGAUGUCUUUAGCUUUGGCGUAUUGAUCUUAGAGAUAGUUAGCGGCAAGAAGAACUCUAACUUCCAUUAUUAUGAGAAACCUCUUAGCCUUAUUGCUCAUGUGAGUUCAAGUUAUAAUAUUUUUUUAGAGUGUCGUUGUUUGAUAUUUAAGAUGUAACACUUUCUUAUAAUAAUUAUUAAAUUAAAUUAAGUAGGACUUAAUAUUAAAUUUCACUGGUUACAACUUUUUCUGAUGUUGGGUGUGACUAACCCUUCUUUUUUAUAUUUUUCAAGGAGACUAGAUAGUAGAUACGAGUAUGACUAUACGUCAAUAUAAAAGGGGCAAUGUCCCACGUCUUUUUAUUGGAGCUAUGUCUGAGAAUAAUAACUAUAAUAACUGUGGAGUAAAUUCCCUCAUGAGCUGUCAAAACCAGAAACAAACAGAACAUCAGUUACAACCAACUCAGCAAGUCUCUAGACACAACAUCUAAUUAACCCAACCGUUUACAACAACAAUUUUUUUUUUCUUUCAUGUAAAAGGGAAAGAAAGGGGCUGUGAGUGUGAGGCUUGACCAUUCUUGUAAAAGGGGUUCAGCUUUUGGUUGACUCUUGAGAAGAAAAAGAUACAGAGAGAGUUUGUAAGAAAGGGGUUUAUUUUGUAAGGGUUCUGAAAAGAAAAGAAAUACAGAAAACGAAAAGAAAAACUGAGAGAAGGAAGGAAGGAUUACCUGUCGAUACUGUGGCAUGGAUUCCUUGAUCAUUGAUGUACCAAAUUGAAUGUCUAGUGCAGAUCUGAGCUUCCCUGAGGAGAGCUCAACGAGGUCGUAACCCAGAUUGGGGUGAACCUCGAUAAAAUUGUUGUCUUGCAUCCUCUCUUUAUUUUUCUUUCUUCUGAUUGCUUGAACUUGUUGAUUGCUUCUGAUUUCUGAAUGGUUUGUGCAUGAGUUCUCGAAGUCUUGUUCAACUCUGCAUAGAUAAAAGUCAGGUAAAAGGUUUUAAUCUAUUAGCUGAAUAUUCAUUGAACUCUGUGGUCAUUUUGGUCCACACGCGUGAUUGUUGAAAGGUCAUUUGUGACCUUGGUUUUGCUAAUGUGUCUGUGAGUUGGUGUAGGGCAGAAAAGUAAUUUUCCUUCCUACAAUAACGUAUGUGGAAAACCAGGUGGAGUCAAGCUUCCCUUUGAGAAGAGAAGACCUAUGGUGGUGAUAGUUUUAUAGUAGACUUGUCUAUAUAUGUCAUUUUAUCUUGAUUCUCGUUCUAAUCCACAAGAUUGAUGAUG